UGUUAGCCAUCGAAGGUAAGUAGGUCAUUAUAUAUAAAGUGAAGUUCAAGGUACCUGAAGAGCCAUUCGCAUUAGUCGUUGAUUUCGUGCUUGUGUCCGUACGCAGCUCAUCGUUCCGUGUCUAUUCGAUAUUAAUCAUAUCAAUCGAAAACAAAUAACUAGAUACUUAAAUAUGAUGAAACAACCAAUUGGAAUAUGCUUGGCUGCACUGCUCUUCAGCAGUUCCCUUAUAAGUUCUUUGGCAUAUCCAAAUAGCCAUCCAAGACCCGAAUAUAAAAAAUCCCUAGAUGCCACCCAACAACACCAACAGCAGCUGAGUGAAAGAAAAUUCGCCGAAAAGUCCAAUUCUAUUAAAAAAGUUGCUCUCGAUGAUUUGGAUGACGUCCAGACCAACGAAAUAUCACAAACUGGUACAGCAGGCGGAGGAUUUUCUUGGUCCAAUCUAUUAGGGAUGGUAAUGCAAAUGAUCUUCAAUCCAGGAGGAGCAGCAGCUACAGGCCCCAAUAAAUCAGAAGGUCUGGAUGAAAGUGGUGUUGUGCCCACCUCACCUUGGGCCAACCUCCUUUCCAUGGGUCUUAAAAUCCUCAGUGCCAUCCUGGGAGGUGGUGUAGGUGCGCAAACCGACGGAAUCGAUAAGGUUGACAAUGGAGGAUCCCCUUUACAGGGAGUUCUCGCAGCCGUGGUGUCAACUCUUGUGGGAGGAAGAGAUCCGCAGCAGGUCAAUAUGUUGGCCAAACAGGCCGGUGAGUUUAUUAACAUCGUAGUAAACCUUCUGGAUGCCCUUAAAACGUCUUUCUCUCAUCGUUCUUUGGCUGCCCGAAACAUCGGCAGGAAAGAUUCCGUGAGUGAAGCUGCAGUAGCCGGCAUCACCAUGGCUAAAGGUUACGUCAGAUCUUUGGGAACCAAUGAGAGCACAUGCAUGGCCAAGUACAUGUGUCAAGCAAAUAAUGAAUGUUCCACUGAUAUUGGAAGAAGUUCGCUGUUUUGUAAUUUAGGAAGCUAUGCAGCUAGUUUCGUCCUCGACAAAUCUACCAGCAAAACGACCUUCGAUUUACUCUACGAAGCCGGAAGGCGAGGCAGAUCUGGCGAAAACUGCGAAAUGGGUUACCUAGAAUGCAACGAAAUUUACUAACAAUUAUUUUAUUGAAGUUUAGAUUCUCUUAAUAUUUACUCUUAGCCCUACAAACGUGAUAUUAUGCUUUUAUUAACUGAUCCUCUCCUUAGGACAACAUAUUAGUAACACUAUAAUAUACGUCUUAGGGACAUAAUAUCAUCACUGAUUAGAAAACGAGGUUAAAUAAAACUAAUCACAAAAAGUAGACUGAAAUUUUUGAUUUAAAUGUUUAUACUUGUUAGGAUUAUAAAAAUAAUUCACAUUUUUUGAAGUUAAAUGCCUUUAUCAGACCCACGAGAUGACUUUUUUAUCUAACUGUUCCGACUGUAAAAUAUUACCAAUAAUUAUAAUAAUUUAUUUAUAUAUUUAUUUAUGUAUUUAUUUAUUUAAAUAUCAAAGUCCAGAGAAUAGAAAGUUUGAUGUGAAUAGAUUUGUAAUAGCAUAGCUAUAAGGUAGUUUUUAGGUUAACUUAUUUUAAGUAGUGUUUUGUUUGUUACAUCACGUUGAAAUAAAGUUAUGUUAUAGUUC